ACGCACAUAAGUUAUAGCUGCCAGUGAAUUUGACAAUCAAAAGCAGAGAAGUUCCGUAAAAAAGCGCUGCAUUUGUUAACUUUCUGCUGCUUCGCUAGUAUCGCACAGUUUUUCGUGGUUUGGAAAAUUUUUGAGAAUUAUAAACAUACGGGAAGCAGUUCGUUUUGUGAAAAUUAUAAAAUUUUUUCUAAUUAUCGUCCCAAAUCAAGUUCGUAUAGUGUCUCCCACCUUAAUCAGUAGAGUGAAUGGCCGCGAACGCGAGUUACGCCGAAUAAAUUGAAUGCCUAUCUGUGGAAAAACUAGCGCUGGUGGGACAUUUUCUCGAAUUUCCACAUUUGUGUCAAUACAUACAUAUAUAUAUUUUCAAGAAAAGUGCUUUGCCUACAGUCAAGUUUUCAUACGUAGUAUAUUUUAAGAAGUUAAAAACGAAUUAUUGAAAAUCUCGCGUAGGAAGAGUAAAGGACCUCUCUGUCUUGUGUCUAUUUAUUGAUAAAGCGCAAGAAAAGUUGAUAAAAAACAAAAAAAAAAAAACAAAAAAAAAAAAAAAUCACCAACAAACUACAAUUAAAGGGGGUGUGUAUGCUUUUUCCAAUUGUAAAUACACAAGAGUGGAGUGUACUAUAAAACGUGCGUCAGUUCAGAUUGGUCUCAUGAAUAACAAGUCAUCUUCACAUAUACCCGCAAACUAAAUAUAUUUUAUGUGUGAUCUGAUUGGAAAAAAAUAUAUAUAUUUAUAGAUAUAUACCAACUUGAAUAUUAUUGAGAUUACUGUGGAUUAUUAUUACUUUCCAUUUACAUACAUACAUAUGUAUACAAGUAUAUGCGCGCACAUGGAUAUGCAAAUUUAAAACCAAAUCAUACAUACAAAAAAUUAUACACACAUUCAUAUAUUUUAUAAAACAUUCCUUGGACAACUACGCAAUAAGAGUCUAAGUUAAAGAAACAUUGGAAAAUGUUCAGCCCUGAUUAUGAGAAACGUAUUCUGAAACAUUGUAGUCCAGUCGCACGGAAUCUCUUCAACGCAUUUGAGGCGGCUUCAACAUCCACAUCACUGGAUCGAUUUAUACCAUGCAGGGCUAACAACAAUUGGCAAACAAAUUUCGCAUCCAUAAAUAAAUCGAAUGAAAAUUCCACACAAACAAGUAAAAAGCAACGUGACUGCGGUGAGUCUGCACGUGAUAGCUUAGCAUAUUCCUGCCUGUUAAAGAACGAACUUCUGGGCACCGCCAUAGAGGACGUGAAGGCGGUUAGUGAUGAGCGCAAUGAGAACACCUACACACCAACAGCGAAAAGAAGCCUUUUCAAGUAUCACUCAGCGACAAAGCAGGACUUCAACGAGCAAUGCCCCUACUCGCUUUCACCAGUCAGUACGAAGAGCCAAAAACUACUGCGAUCACCGCGCAAAGCAACCAGAAAAAUAUCACGGAUACCAUUUAAGGUGUUAGAUGCGCCCGAGCUGCAAGAUGAUUUUUAUUUGAAUUUGGUCGAUUGGUCAUCACAAAAUGUGCUCGCCGUCGGUUUGGGAAGUUGCGUUUAUCUGUGGAGCGCAUGUACUAGUCAAGUAACACGCCUAUGCGACCUUAACACCGAUUCGAAUACCGUGACAUCGGUGUCAUGGAAUGAGCGUGGCAAUUUGGUGGCCGUCGGUACGCAUCACGGCUUCGUCACCGUUUGGGAUGUGGCUGCCAGCAAACAGAUUAAUAAGUUGACUGGCCAUUCAGCACGUGUAGGCGCAUUGGCGUGGAAUGGUGAAAUUUUGUCGAGCGGUUCACGUGAUCGUUUGAUAAUACAACGCGAUACCCGUACGCCUGUUCAACAAUCUGAACGCCGUUUAGCAGGCCAUCGACAAGAGGUUUGCGGUCUUAAAUGGUCACCGGAUAACCAGUACCUAGCUAGCGGUGGUAACGAUAAUCGUCUAUAUGUCUGGAAUCAGCAUUCACUUAAUCCAGUACAAUCGUAUACGGAACACACCGCAGCAGUAAAAGCCAUUGCCUGGUCACCACAUCAUCAUGGCUUAUUGGCUAGUGGCGGUGGCACUGCCGAUCGUUGCAUUCGUUUUUGGAAUACCUUAACAGGUCAGCCAAUGCAGUGUGUCGACACCGGUUCACAAGUCUGCAAUUUGGCAUGGUCCAAACACUCGUCUGAGUUGGUAUCCACGCACGGUUACUCACAAAACCAAAUAUUGGUGUGGAAAUAUCCCUCACUGACACAAGUGGCCAAACUGACAGGACAUUCUUAUCGUGUACUGUAUUUGGCAUUAAGUCCGGAUGGAGAGGCAAUCGUGACGGGUGCUGGCGAUGAGACAUUACGAUUUUGGAACGUAUUUAGUAAAGCGCGCAGCCAAAAAGAGAAUAAAUCUGUAUUGAACUUAUUUACAAAUAUUAGAUAAACAACGUAAGAGUAGGGAAUCGCACCAAAGCGGGAUUUAAAGGCGCGUAUAUUGAGCUCAUUUAUAGGUAGCUAAUACUGAUAUCUCACAAAUGUAAGAAACCACUACAAAAAAUAAAAAAUACCUAACAGCAUAGCUGCUAAUAUUUAACACAUUCAAAAAUAGCUGUCAAAAAUAGUUGUCAAAAUUUAAAAUGUAUUGGAGCUUAGAAAAACAAAUUAAACAUAAUUAAGUGCCGCUUGUUUCUAAGUUGGAAUAAGUUUGGCUACUGUACACACAAGCGUGCAAAAAUAUUCACAAGAAUCGAAAUCUGCUAAAAUAUCAAAUAGAGCAACUGCUAAAGUAGGCUUCACAAAUAGUAAAGCUUUUUAACGGUUUGUGUGGCGAAGUUAACUAAAAGCUGUAAUUAUUUUUGAAGUCGACUUUUUUUGUCUAUUUGUGUAUUUUAUGUAUGACCAAUUGUGAUGCGUUUAUUUAGGCUUUUUCUCAAAAAAUUGUACAUUUUCGAUUUGAACUCUCCUAGUACUUAAAUUGUGUGCUGAAAAAUCUUUAAAUUUGUUUUUUUUUUCCUAAAUUUCUUCAACUUUCGUCAAAUGCCUAAGCAGUGGCUUGCUUUUCCAAAUACUAAUUAUUUGUAAAAAAAAUGAGCGCAUAGGGAUGAAAUAAUAUAAAUAUAAAAUAUUGCUGUUCCUAAUUCUCCGUAACUAAAUUUAUUUGUGAAUUAAUUAUAAUUUUUUUUAAACAGAUUUCCAAAAUAUUCAAUGACACUUAAAUUGAAAAUCAGUUCAUAGCUGCAUAAGAGUAUGCAAAAUAUUUCGAAUGAAUUGAAAAUUUGAAUCGACUAUAUAAUUUAAGCGUGCAAUCUUAAAAUUUAAUAUUUCAAAUUAUUAAAAUUACUUUUAAGCACAAAGGACAACUUCGUUAAACGCACUAAGAGCUAUAUUUGUUUGAGGCUUAAAGCAUAUUUUGGAGAAGAAUUGGCGGCCGUCAUAGCCGAAUGCGUGCCAGUGCAUGGCUAACGUUCGGAAGUGCGCACCAAAUGAUAGAGAAUGGGUUUUUCUAAUAGCGGUCGCCUCUUCCACAGGCAAUGGCAAACUUCCAAGUGUAUUUCUGCGCCUCAUAACCUCAAAAUAAUCUGUUGUUCCUGGGCGGCUUAAAAAUAUAGGUUCCUCCAUUUGUGGAACAAUAUGAAGACGUACGCCACAAAUAUGAAAAGGCGCUCGGCCGAACAGUCAAAGAGGUUACGCCCUACAUUUAUAUAUAAAU